AUGGCCACCGAUGAGUUACCGCGUAAGCUCUGGGAGCACCCCGACCCCAAGGGUACGGAGAUGUACCAAUUCUUGGAAUCCGUCAACAUCCAUUUCGGGCUCAAGCUCAAGACGUUCGAUGACCUUCACAACUGGACGGUCGCGCACCGCUCCAAAUUCUACGGCCAUCUCUUCAACUACGCCAACCUCAUCUACGAGGGCCGACCAACUUCGGUCGUCGAUGAGUCUCUCCCCAUAGACGCCAUUCCCAAGUGGUUUCCCGGCGUUCGUCUCAAUUGGGCCGAGAACAUUCUCUACUCCCGCGGCCCUACAGACGCGCCCGACCACCACGGCGUUGUAGGCAAGGAGGAUGAGAAGCACGCCGUGACCGAGGUCCGGGAGGGUAACACAGGCGAUGUCCGAAAUCUCAGCUGGGGCGACUUCCGCAGGGAUGCAGGUCGUCUGGCGGCUGCCAUGAAGGCGCGGGGGGUCAAGGAGGGCGACCGAAUUGUUCUCGUCGGAGCUAACUCUAUCGAGACGCUACUGGUCUUUACGGCUGCUACUUGGCUAGGUGCCAUCUUUAGCAGUUCAUCGACGGAUAUGGGUGUCAAAGGCAUCCUGCAGCGGACCACGCAGGUUGACCCCAAGUUCAUCUUCUUUGACGAUGCCACGGUAUACAACGGCAAAACCGUUGAUCUCCGGGGAAAGAUGGCGGAAACGGUCUCCGGGAUGAAAUCAUGCCCGUCAUUCGCCGGCCUCGUUUCCAUCCCCCGUUUCGCCAAACCUUACGACGUCUCAUCUAUUCCCAAGACGGAGCUAUGGGACGACUUCUUCAAGUCCGCAAGCUCUUCUCAGCCCCCGGAAUUCGUCCGGAUCCCCUUCCACGCCCCCUUUCUCAUUUACUACUCCUCGGGUACCACAGGUAUCCCAAAGGCGAUCGUACACACCGUCGGCGGCGUCAUCCUCAACAUUGUCAAGGAAGGUCGCUUACACGAGUCUAUGUCCUCGGAAUCGGUAUGUCUGCAGUACACCACGACCGGCUGGAUCAUGUACCUGGCCAACGUCGCGGCUCUUCUCAAUGGUGCCCGUGUCGUCAUGUACGACGGCUCGCCAUUCGUGCCGGAUCUCACAUCAUUCAUCCGCAUUCUCGGGGAGCAGCGUGUCACGAAGCUUGGCAUCAGCCCUAGGUGGAUGUUUGAAGUUGCAAAGAACAAGAUAAGCCCACGGGAGGUCACUGACCUAAGCGCGCUGCGCAUCGUGACGAGUACAGGCAUGGUCCUCUCCAACCAGUUAUUUGAAUGGUUCUACGACGCCGGCUUUCCGAAGCAUGUCCACCUGGCCAACAUCUCUGGUGGCACUGACAUUGCCGGCUGCUUUGGCAUGGAGAACCCCUUGACGCCUGUCUACGUCGGCGGCACUCAGGGCCCCUCGCUCGGCGUCCCCAUCGAAAUCUUCGACGCCCAGCUCCCCAACGGCCCCGGCAAACCCGUCCCACAUGGGGAGCCGGGCGAACUCGUCGCCACAGCCGCGUUCCCCAACAUCCCCUGCUUCCUCUGGGGCGACUCGACCUCCCCAUCCUCGUCAGCCUCUAGCUUCUCUUCCGCAUCACCGGGGACGAAAUACCACUCCGCCUACUUCGCCCGCUUCGAUCACGUCUGGGCCCACGGAGACUUCUGCCAGGUGCAUCCGAAGACGGGCAACAUUGCGUUCCUCGGCCGCGCAGAUGGCGUGCUGAACCCCAGCGGCAUUCGCUUCGGGAGCGCCGAGAUUUACGCCGUCAUUGAGCGCAACUUCUCGAACAAGGUGGUGGACAGUCUAUGUGUUGGACAGAGGAGGCCUAGCGACGAUGACGAGAGUGUUAUGCUGUUUUUGAUGAUGCGCCCGGGAGAGAUGUUUGAUAAGAAGCUCGUGGGCGAGGUUAAGGAUGCGAUCAGGAGGGAGCUGACCAAGAGGCAUGUGCCGAAAUACGUCUUUGAGACGCCUGAGAUUCCGACAACAGUGAACCUGAAAAAGGUCGAACUGCCCGUGAAGCAGAUCGUUUCCGGCUCACACGUCAAGCCCAGCGGCACCCUCUUGAACCCCCAGAGCCUAGACUUUUACUAUCAGUUCGCAAAGGUAGAGGAGGUGCUCGCCGGAAAGGAGAAGUUGUAA